GUUCUUGUAGGAUUCGGUUGACUCACAGCAUUCUUCUUCCCAUCCAAGGGUUAAAUGCCCUGAAGCAAAGCUCUGUAUUAAUUUUGCUACUAGGGCGAAAAUCCAUGCCAUAUUCCACCCCUAACCUAAUCUUUACACCACAACUCAGCGCCCAUCUCCUAAUCUGCCCCCGCUCAAACGGAGAGCUAUUUGAAUGAAAUCUGAACAACGUGCCCCUCUCCCAUCUUUUAUUCUAAACGUGCCGACUCCUUUGUGCUUCCCAAACGGGGUGGGCGGAGGGAGACGCAGCCGGAGGUCGCGAUCACCCGCCCUACCCCUUCUCAGAAUUGCAGCCGAUCUCCGCUCGGGACAAGCCGCUGGGGCAGCAAAUGAGCGCUCCAGCGCUCGGGGGUGAUCGGAGAGCGCCCCAACUUCUUGCAACCACCCCCCUGGGCAGCCACUCCCCGGUAGCGGGACCACCCUGUGCCGAGCCAUUGCCGCUUUAAGCAGAAAACCAUGCUGGGCUGUGGGCUGGGUCCCUGUGCCCCCCCUCGCUUCCCCACGUGGUCUCGGUGCUUGUGAAUUUCAAUCGCUGGAGGGUUUCGGUGCAGACAUCGGUCCGCAGCUGAGGACGGGGUACAGUCCGGAGAAGCGCGCCGCUCUCGAGGUCGCAGGCUUCUCUCUGCGUGGUGGGGCAGGUGGCUCCCGGUGCCGGCCAGCCACAGCCACAAUGAGCGAAGGCAGCCCGGAUCAGGAGAGCCGCGGGGCUGCACUGCCGCCGCCGCGUCCCAGAGCAGCAGACUGAGACAGCGGCAGCAGCACCAAGCCCAGCCGGAGGAGGAGGAGGAGGAGAAUGCACCGAGCGGGUCUGGCCGGGCUGGGCUCCGUGGCCGUGCUCUGGCUGCUGGCUUUGGCUUCUCUGCUAGCGCUGUGGAGCGGGCGGAUCGUGGAACCCGGCGCCAUCGGAGCGGAGCUCUCGCAAGGGCAGCCCAGAUCGGAGCUUGGAGAUCUCCGGGAGGCAGCGGCAGCUACAAGUCGUCUCCUCCGCCCUCCAAGUCAAGCCGCCCCGAAAACUUUCCGAGCGCUGCUUACGGUGCCGGGACAGCCUGCGGAGCCCCAGGAGGGGCCGGGCGAAAGCGGACAGGAGCCGCCGCCGCCGCCUCCUUCGGACCGUCCCCGCCGGGAGAGGCAAGGAGCGAUGGGCGGCGUGGAGCAGCAGCUUCCCGCCUCGCCUGUGCGCGGGGGGAUCUUCUGGAGCAGGGCGCUGGAGGCUCAGGUGCCGCCGGGCUUCUCGGCGGAGGAGACGGCCUCGUGGCUGCGGGCGGCCCGGGAGGCGCGCGUCGUGUCCCUGGAGCGGGGCGGCUGCGGCCGCAGCUCCAACCGGCUGGCCCGGCUGUCGGACGGGAGCCGCGCCUGCGUGCGCUACGGCAUCAACCCGGAGCAGAUCCAAGGCGAGGCGCUCUCCUACCACCUGGCCGGGCUGCUGGGCAUCCAAGAGCGCCUGCCGCCUCUGGCGCUCUCCCGGGCGGACGCCCGCGGCGGGCAGUGGGCGCAAGUGCGCGACGAGCUGCGCGGCUCUCAUUGGGCCGAGGGCGCCGUGGUGAGCCUCGCGCAGUGGGUGGACAAUCUGACCGACGUGGUGGCCCCCGCCCCCUGGCGAGCCGAGUCCGCCGCGGCGGCGGGGGCAGGAGCGGGCAGGAGCCGGCUGCAGCCCCUGGCGGCGGCGGAGCUCCGAGGCCUCAGCCCGGCGCAGCUGGCGGAGCUGGUGCAGUGGAGCGACUUGAUCCUCUUCGACUACCUGACGGCCAACUUCGACCGCCUGGUCAGCAACCUGUUCAGCCUGCAGUGGGACCCGCGGGUGAUGCACCGGGCCACCAGCAACCUGCACCGGGCCCCCAACGGGGGGCUGGUCUUCCUCGACAACGAGGCCGGCCUGGUGCACGGCUACCGGCUGCUGGCCAUGUGGGACAAGUACAACGAGCCCUUGCUGCGCUCCGUCUGCGUCUUCCGCGAGGCCACCGCCCAGCGGGUGCGCGAGCUGCACCGCCUGCGCAACGCGGCCUCCGAGCUGCUCCGGCUCUACCGGACUCAGGAGCCCCUGGCCGAGGCGCUGGGCUUCCUCUCCGACCACCAAGCCCAGCUGCUGCAGGACCGCGUCGAUCUGGUCCACAAGCACAUUGUGCACUGCAAAGCCAAGGCCGCCUCGCCGCCGCUGUGACCUGCUUCGCCGGGCUGCCUUGAGCGGAGCCAAGGGGGAGGCCCUCGCCCUCCUGCCGGCCCGGGGAGCUGCUGAACCAGACUCACGCUCGAGCCCGCGGGGCAGGGCAUGUGCCUCUAGUCGGAGCCUUACUGAAAUCUCGCAUAGGAAUGUGGGACCAGUCCCAAGUGCGAAGGAACUGCCUUGGAAGACAGCGUCUUUGGGGGAAAGCGCCAAUCUGUGGUGCCCAGUCAGUUCACGACUGGGAUCCCUCGCAGAAUGUCCUCUUCCUUUGUUUGAGGCUGGCAUUUUAAGACCUAGUCCCAGAAGUGAAGCCUCUUGCUCUUUUCAACAACACCCACUGCUACCAACCUCCUACACUACCCACGAAUGGGAGAUAGUUGGGAAGGAUGCACUAAAACUACAUAUUUAUGCUUUUUUUUUUAAGGCAGUAGAGGUAACUUUGACCCCAUGCACCUGUUCUGCACUAUUAUAAAACCAGACCAGAAAACACCCUUCCUUUGCACAAUAUUUGUUAGGAGUCAUGUGUAAAGGGGUCUUGGAGUACCUGGUAUUACAGGUGUGAAGCAAAGUAGGUGUGAACCUGAUUAGUCCUGGAGUCAUUGGGAGACCACUAGGAGCCCCAUGUAAAUGCUAAAUAUCUCACUGUAUUAGUUUCACACUAGGCUUCUCUUUCCAGAGUGGAUUCUCUCCCUCUAUGGAUUUUAAGGGUUUCCCUUAAGAAUUUGCUCUGUAAAAAGACUCUGUACAGAAGCUAUUAUCUAGAGUUGGAAUGGAUCAGCUACCUUUCCCUUUCAGUGGGAGUUACGUAGGCACACAAGUAUUCUCUGCCACCCUUUUUUUUUGAGGGGGGAGAAUCCAAUAACUUUGAAAACUGAAUAGCAUUUGUAAAUGAAUAACUGAUACCGCAAUGUGGGGCUGUGGAUUAGUAAAGUUGCCCCACCCUUGGAACUGCUUUUUGUGGUGGAUCUCCGCAGCCAGAAAAAAGAUAGUGUCAAAAAUGUAUAAGAAGUGUGCAGAAAACACCACUUCUCCAGUAGCUCUUCACCUUUCCAGUGAGAAGCAUUUGGCAAAGCUCCUUGGUUUCUUAGUGUGUCUGUUUUAUAUGUAACCACUGCUGUAUAGUAAAAUAAUUGACUAAUGGGGUGACAGAGGAGAAAAGAUUCCCAGGUUUAUAGUAUUGUCAGUGUAGCAAAUUUUUGAAGCAUUAAUCAGAUUGGAGUGGGGUGGGGGUGGGGAAUCAGUUUCAUGCACUUUACUUUUUUCUUAUUUUUUUAUAAAAAGACCUUUUUAUUUUGAAAAAGUCUGCAUUUUAGGUACAUGAUGUAUGUUCUUAAGCUCUUCUGUAACAUACUAAAGAAAUGGAUAUUUCAGUAAAAUGUGUUAAUGUUUUGCCUUA